AUGGUCAUUUUGCCAGCUACAUUCACAGGAAGCACUAGGCGCUUACACGAGUACGCGCAGGAUGCGAUGACCUAUGUUCGCAACUACGGCCAUCCCGAUCUAUUCAUCACGUUUACGUGCCAUCGCAAGUGGGAUGAAAUCAAAGAACUUCUUUUACCUGGACAGUCACCUGUGGAUCGUCAUGACAUUAUCGCACAUGUCUUCAAACAAAAAUUAAAAUCUUUGAUGGAUUUCAUCGUGAAGCAUCAUGUUUUUGGGGAGACACGCUGCUGGAUAUAUUCAAUUGAAUGGCAGAUAAGAGGCUUGCCUCAUUCGCAUAUUUUGGUUUGGUUGUUUAACAAAAUUACACCCGACAAAAUUGACGAAAUAAUAUCAGCAGAGAUUCCCGAUAUCAACAUCUCCGUGCAUGAAGGAUGCAUUGACGCAGAUGGGGCAGAGCAAGAGACUUUCUGUGGUGUAAUGGACUUGCCAAAACCUGUGGCUAAAAGUAGCUAUAUAAUUAUAAAUAAAACAGUGCAUGCAGCUUGUACCACUGUACAAAAGAUUAGCGUGGAAUCAGCUGCUGCAUUGGAAUAUGAGCAGUCAAAGGAGAUAGAAGAUCAGUUGAGCAGUACAAGAUAUACUGGCUUUGUUGGAGAUGGGGAUACUAACACAUAUAAGAAAGUAUGUGACAGUAAACCUUAUGGUGAGAAGUUGAUUGAAAAACUGGAAUGUGUUGGUCACGUGCAGAAGAGAGUUGGAACCAGACUCCGAAACCUAAAAAACAACACAAAAGAAAUGUUGCCUGAUGGAAAGAGGCUAGGUGGGAAGGGUAGACUGACUGAUGCUUCUAUUGAUAAAUUACAAUCUUAUUAUGGGAAUGCAAUCAGAGAAAAUAAGAAUGAUAUUGUGAAGAUGAGGGCAGCUGUCUGGGCAGUAUUUUUCUAUAAGGGCUCAUCUGAUGAGAAACAUGUUCACAACUUUUGCAAAGACAUCCCUGUAUAG